AUGAAUGCUUUUACAAGACGGUGUGCUGUUAUGCCCGAAGAGGGUCGUUUAUAUCAAGGAAUGACUGAUAUACAUUACGUGGAACCGCGAACAUCAUGCGCCGGGUAUAUGGUGAGUCCUAAAGAACGAACCGGUCCCUUCGACCUUAAAACUGGUACGCAGUAUAUCCAUCCUGGCACAGAUGGUUUCUUCUGUAAGUUAGGUCAAGUUUGUAUUCAAGACAGAGCAAAUCAACCCGAAUACGGCUUCAUGAGUUAUGAAAACAUCUUUUAUUCUAUGCUUAAUGUGUUAACCGUAAUCUCUACCGAGAACUGGACUGAAUUGCUGUACAUUACUCAAGAUAGUGUAUCAGACAAAGGUGCAGCUGUUUUCUAUACUUUUUGUAUUUUUCUCAUGACCUUUGUACUUGUGCCAAUGUUUAUUGCCGUUAUCACCACAUCUUUUUCACAUCUCCGAGGUGAUAUGCGUGAAAGUGCAUUUUCUUCGAAGAGAAAGGCUCCUAUGAUUUUGUCUGAAAAACAGUCAAGAAGCUAUAAAGCCCGAUCUGAAGAGCUGAAGAAAACGGUUGUCAACGGCAACAUGUUUGGGAAUGAUUAUUCACAUAGACCAUCAAUCUUGCAUAGAUGGACGCAGUAUAUUUCUGCCGACCCUAGGUUCAGAUAUCUGAGAAGUCUUUUAGUAGCCUUGAACAUCGUGUUGAUGAUGUUUUAUCGAUCUGAUUUAACGGUCCAACAAAAGAACUAUCUAGACUCUCUGAAUCUUUUAUGCACAAUCAUUUUUGCUGUCGAAAUUGUGAUGCGUAUACUGAGUUAUUCCAAAUGGAAGAGGUUCUGGAAGAAGCCACGUAAUCGUAUUGAUUUUAUAAUAGUCAUUGCUACUUUAGUUGGUUUAUUGGCUCCUGUCCGGUCGAGUCAGUAUCAUGCUCUUUUAGUAGUAUUUCCUGUCAUUAGAUCAUACCGUCUAGUGUAUCUGUUUCCUGGAGUGCUUCAGUUGAUAUCUGAUAUUGUCAGUGAUGGACAAGGUAUACGAAACCUCACAAUUUUUACGUUUCUAGUCCUCCUGCUGUUUAGUCCCAUUUCGGUUCAGUUAUUCGGUGGAGGUUUUCAGUUUGUUGGCAUAGAUGAACCAUCAAUGAGGUUUGACAAUUCAUAUCAGGCUUUCCUUGCAUUAUUUCAGAUUAUGACCGGUGAAAAUUGGACAGACAUAUUAUACGAUGCAAUGCAUAGUCAGGAUGAGUCGUCAAUACCUUAUGCAUCAUUGUUCAUUGUACUUUUAUAUUUCAUUAUCCAUUAUAUUGUUUUGAAUCUGUUUAUUGCCGUCAUCAUGGAGAAUUUUGACCUGGACGAGGAGGAAAUCAAACAGUAUCAAAUUAGAAAGUACAUUCAUGAGCACCAAUGGAAGUCUGAAAAUUUCAGAAUGGAUAAAUUGGGCAGGCAAGAUAAAAAAAAACUGCAGCUCAAAAAUUUGCCUCAGAAUGUUACUGCACUAGUAACAGUGAGUAAAUUUGAAGACUUUAUGAGAAGAUCAUCCUCCAUUGGAACUUUCAAGCAAGAGACUCGUGGUGGACAUAUUAAUCAGCUUCCGCUUCAUUCACGAUCUGAAAUAUCAACAGCAAUCCAUAGGCGUCCUUCUUCAGUAUUUUCCAGUGAAACUCCUAUACCUAAUAUUAGGAGGCAUUCAAACUACUCUCAAGUCAGUAUUAGUAGUUUACAACUGGAAGCUUUAACGACGUCUUACACUGACUUCGAAAAUGAAAAUCAGACAAAGUAUGAUGAUGAGUAUGAAUUUAAUGUCGCCCAGGAAAACAAAGCCGUUAUUUUGGAGAAUUUAAAAGCAUUUCGAUCGUUCGUUUUCUUCAAAAUGGAUAGUCUUAUUCGUCAAAUAUGCAUAAAGGUAUUGGCAAAAGAAAGGUACAACCACCUAAUGAUUGCCCUUAUCAGUGUUACUACUUUAUUGGCUAUGUGGACCGAUGAAUUGAAUCGUGAAAAAUAUUCGACUCACGUCAACCAUAUUAUUGAGCCUAUUCAAGCGAUCCUUCUUUUCGUAUACUGGAUAGACAUUUUCAUUCAUAUGACGGCUGAUGGUGUGUUUAUGCUUCCGAAAUCUUAUUUGCGCAGUGGAUGGAACAUACUGGACAUGACUGAUUUAUUUCUUCAAGUGAUCUUCACAAUAUUAAGCUUAUCGACUAACGGCUUUGACAGUGACCGUAUCAAAAUUUUUAUUAGCUGCCUACGCAUAUUACGCGUAUGGAGAUCUGUACGGAUUGUUUACUAUGUUAACACCAUGCGCACAAUUUUUGUGGACUUGGUUUAUGGUUUGCCAAAAAUGAUUGAUGCAGUUACUUUGAAUAUUCUUGUUUUUGUUCCGUUUGCCAUAUAUGGUUGCUAUCUAUUUAGCGGACGAUUUUCCCUUUGCAAUGAUAAAGAUGUGGGUUCAAAGGCAGAAUGUUACGGCGAAUAUUUGACGAACGAGGAUGGGAUAUCGCAGAUUCUAUUACCAAAAGUAUGGCGAAAUCCAUAUGAUUAUUCGUUUGACACUUUUGGACAGGCGUUACUGCAUCUUUUUGAAUGCGCCUCUGGCGAAGGAUGGAUAUUAUCGCUGUUUUCUGCAAUGAGCGUCGUCCCUGGAGAUAGUUCUCUACCACCUCAUUUCAAUUGGUCUUCCACAUCUGUCUACCAUUCAAUUUAUUACGUUGUUUUUAUGUUUGUUGCAUCGCUUUGUUCAAUUCAGUUGUUCAUCGGCGUUUUUUUAGAAAUAUUUAAGCAGCGCAAUGGUAUCUCUACGUUGACAAACACUCAACGUCAGUUUCGAGACUUGCAAAGACAGUUAGCCCUGUACCUCCAUCAGCCGACAUGGCUCAGCAAAAUUCAAGAGGCUCUGAAUGCUUUAUGUUUAUGCUGCUACGUCUUUGAAAUGUUUGCGAAAAUUGUUGGGUUAGGUUUUUAUAAGUGGGUUUUCAACAGAUGGAACAUGCACGAUUUUGUAUUUGUUAGUUUGGCAAUCAUCACCUCUAUUCCCAAAAUGUAUCCAGAAUUGCCAUUUGGCUGGGAUGUUACUCGAAAGGUAGUUCUUAUUGGCAUCGCUUUCAGAUUAGCUCAACGCAACGAAUCAUUGAAUAUACUAUUCCGGUCUGUCAAACGCGCUAUCCCUUCAAUUUUCUCUGUUACUUUUGUCUUUUUUAUUGUAAUUAUUUGCUUCGGUGUAGUUUUUCAAGAAUUAUUUUCCACCACACGGUACGGGAUGUAUGGAAAUGAGCAUGCAAAUUUUCGGUCUCUGUAUAAUACGAUCCUGACGCUUUUCCGCGUAACAACAGGUGAAAAUUGGGAUUUCUUGAUGCAUGACUAUACCAAAUCCGCUCCAGAAUGUGUAGACAAGAAAGACUGUGGGUCUCCUCGCUUAGCGAUUACUCUAUUUGUGAUAUUUUAUGUCAUAUGCACCUAUAUAUUUGUCAAUCUCUUUACUGUGAUUGUCAUAGAUCAUUUUUCCUUUACCUUUGAUAAGCGCAACCAAUUUACCUUGAUUACCAGAACAGAUUUGAGAAAUUUUAAACGGGCAUGGUCUGCUAUUGACCCCAAGGCAACGGGAUAUAUAAACUUUGACGAUGUACCUAAAUUCUUAAAUACAUUGGAAGGCGCACUCUCUAUACGUGUUUACGGGGCAGAACAUUCUUUGGAUUCCUUGCUUGAAGUCAGCAAUCGGCCAUCCGCUGAUGCAGACAGGUUGAUUGUCAUACCACUCUCAGACAUGACAACACCUCACAAUAAAUUUGCGAGGGUCAAUGAAAUGGGUGAAAAAUUGUUCAACUUGCAUGAAUUGAACAAAAAACUAUCCAAUAUCCAGCGUGAGGUAAUUAUAGAAAGAAAGCGGCAGUAUGCAGAGAUUUAUCAGGAAAUAAAAAACACAGCCUCGCAUCGUGGUGUUGCUUUUCAAAAAAUGCUGGAAAUAUUGGCUCUUCGCUUAGUCGACGUUUCUAAAUCAUUGACAUUUGAAGAACUUGUCAAUCGUGCCAAAAUAGAGGACAAAAUUGCCAAUGAUUUAUACAAUGAACGUGCGAAAGGUUUGGUAGCUAUGGUAUUACAGAGAAGAAGACUUUUAAAGAAACUUAGCAAAUUUAGAAGCAGCCAUGAAAUGUGUAGUGGAAACAGUUUGGAACUUCUAAAAAGUUGGUUGACACCUGUGAGCCCACCUCCUACGGCAGAGUCUGUGUCGAGUUCUAUUUUUACCAAACGAGCCACACCUACGGUGCAAUCACCUGCAGUUCAAACUGAUUCCCCCAGCAGCUUCCAGUCUGAACCGUCUAUUUUCACAUUUCCUAAAAUUGUUGUGAACCCUGCGCGGCAACAAAAUGUAGACAAUUUAGCAAUAGCCUUCUCACCAAACUCAGCAAGCCAACCUCCAUUUUUAUUUCUAUCUGAUACUUGCAGUACAAUUCCAAGCAACAAUGCUGUGUUACAACGACGGAGAUCUUCAUCAGCCAUCAACAUUUCUACGCCUAACACAUUAUCUACGAUGAGAAGAUCCAAUCCUACAUGCAAUACCACUACUAACUUAUCCUCUUCCUCAUCCGAGACCUCAUCUGUAGUUUCAGUCAUAUCUUUGCCAGAGCAACCAAUAUUAAGGAACACGAAGCCCGUGCUACUCUUGAAAAGUACAUCGUUAACUGCAAAUAAUGAGGGAAGCGAUGACCAAAAUGAUAUUUUUAUUCACUAUUAUGCUGCUGAUACGGCCAUGGAAAAUAUGCUAUGUAAGGAUGCAGAUCGAAUUACAGAAAGACUAGAUAAGAGUUUUUGGUACACUUUAUUACAAGAUGCUACAGAUUAUGAUAUUUAG